AUGACAUACUCCUUGAAGCCUCCAACUCCGGAGGCGCCAGCCGCCCAGGCCCGCCCUCCCUGCCCUGAGGCGGCUGGCCUUGACAGCCCUCCCAUUCAGACACCUCCACAGAAGCGGCUCCUCCCCACGCCUCCCCCUCCCCUGCCUCCCCAGGCUUCCUUCCUGUAUGGAACCAGACGGGACCGGAUCCCACUGCUCCCCCACCUUACAGGAUCACAGGGUGAGCGCACAGCUGGGACCAGCGUCCUGACUUCUGACCCUGAUCCGCCCUUUGCCUUUUGUCAUCCAGGGACCCCUUCUGGCCCCUUCUUACCUCAGCUGGUCGGUGUGGGAAAUCCCUGUCUGCCUGGCACAACGGGAAGAACCACGGUCCAGCCGUCCCCCUACAGAGAGACCACAGGAGCCCAAAUAGAAUGGUAUCAUGUUACUCCCUGCUCAGGAAACUCCGUGCGGCCAGACGUCAGUUGGAUCUUGCAGGGAGGAGUUCUCAUUCUGUCUUCUCUUUCCACGGCCGCUGCUUCAACUCGCCUCCCCAGGAGUCAAGGAACAGACCACCUCGUGGAAUUAAUCAAGUGGACUCCUCAGGGAGCCCCCCACCCGACCCAGGCCAGCAUUGGCCUAGGCUACCUGCUGAGGGACCACAUGGAGGGGAAGAAUGGCACCAACUCCACCAGGGCCCUGAAACUUCCAGAUGGGACCAGCGCUGCCUGGUACAUUCUCACCAUCAUUGGCAUCUACGGAGUGAUUUUCCUCUUCCGAUUGGCCAGCAACAUCCUCAGAAAGAAUGAUAAAUCCUUGGAAGAUAUCUACUACUCAAAUUUGACCUCUGAACUCAAAAAGAAAAAUCUCCAAAGCAAGGUGGCCAAAUGCUCUGCACUGACCUUUAGCAACAGAGCUGUCCUGCAGUCCAGCCAGGCCAGCCUGGAACCAAAAUGCAAAAACGGUGGGUGCCAAACUGAAAUCCAAGGGAUCCCUUGAAGGUCAAGGCAAACAGACCUCCACAGAAGAGGCCCAAGUUUCAUGCAAGGGGGAGAAGCCUUGAGUCUACCUGGAACCUUGAUAGAGGGGUCAAGUCCUUGAGCGGAGCUAGAAGAACAUUACUGGGGCACUUAUGCCGAUGGGAGCAUGGCCAAAAGCCAGCGUCCUGUUUCCUUCUCAGGCUUUGUGGCACUUUGAGACGAGACAGCAGAGGCAGUGGCUCCAGUCAUACCCAUCACUGGAAGAGCCUGUGUCCCAGAGAAGGACAUGGAGCAUCUAGUGUCCUCAGAGAAUCUAGGAGAUUCCCGAGGGUGUACGUGAAGGUGGACUCUUGUCAUGGAAAGAAGGCUGAAUUUGGAGUCAAGCACCCUGGAUUAAAGUUAAACUUCCAGAGGAUCACAUGAACUUUGAGUGACUUGUGGCUCUUACCUGGAACACAUGGCAGUGGGAUAGAUGGUUUCAAAGAGCCAUUCGUUCUAGAGGUUCUCACUAGAAUAUAGAACCAAGGUUGUUAAUAGCAGACGUUAGUCAGAAGUCCUUCAUUUUCACUGAGGGUGUGUGAUCCACUGAAAAAAAGCAUUAGUUUUGGAGGUGGAGGCAUCAAACUCUAGUCUGGGUUUGAUUCUUGACCACUUUGGCGUCCUUCAACACACCACCUCGCCUCUCUGGAACUUAGCUCCCACACAGAUAAAAUGAGAAUGAUGAUGUCCGUUUUGCCAAUCUUACAAAGCGGGUAAGAGCUAAUGGCAUCACGCAUAUGAGCAUAUUUUUCCAAGUAAAGUACAUAUGUAAAAUAUAAGCCUUGUGUUCAUAGUGGCGAUGGUGGUUGAUGCUGAUGGUGGCAUUGGUGUCGGUGGUGACGGUCGUGAUGGUUGAUGCCAGUUGGUGUUGUUGGUAGUGGUUGAUGUUGAUGGUGGUGACGAUGGUGUUGGUGGUGGUUGAUGUUACGGGGGAUGGUGGUGGUUAUACUCUUGUGGAGAAGGAAACAACCAGUCCGCUGGCAAUUAGUCCGUAAACAAUGGCUACAUUACCUUCUAUUAAGAGGAUCCAUCUGCAUAAGAGUUGAUGACCUGAACGCUGGGUCAAGUCCAUCAGAUUCAAAUUUUCCAUGUAGACAAAACAGUUUCUUUUGGGUUUUGUUGUUUUAGACAUCACAUGAUUUACUCAAAUGUUUUUAUAAAUACCUGUUACUUAUAGACUUGUCUCUGCCUAAAAAGAAAUAAGACCUUGCCUAGAUGACGGAUUAAUUUAGAGAGACCGUGAUUAGUGAAACUUCUGCAAGUGGCUUUCAGCAGGCAGAGUGAUAAAUUAUAUUUUGUACCAAUGUCUGUGAAGUUUAUACAAUUCAGCUCUUGGAGACAUUCCCUGGACUACAAAUGAAUUCUUUUCUCCCUGUCUGCAGACAGUGGUCUGCAAUCAGCCCCACAAUUUCAUAAAGGUCAGAAUUAAACCCCAAGCUUUUGUUUUUAGAGGGGGAUAUAGACUUCCAAGACUUUUUUAGAAUAUUUUUCGCAUCAUCACCUCACAGGUUAUCCAACAAAAGUGUUGGCUCGUUUAUAUUGUUAGGGCCGGGCAUCAUCCAUAUGUUUGAGAUGCUUAUAGGGCAGGAUAAAACAGGAUUAAGAAAUAUAGACAAAAAAAUAUAUAAUCCAGAGUGACUACGAGCAUGGAAUGCAUUAAAAUGGGAGUCAAGGUCAGAACUUCGGUGGAUUUGAAGAUACAGUCUUCUCCUGUUGGUUGCUUCCCCAGCAUGCAUUUCCCCCUUCCAUAACCCAACUGCUCCUAAUGUGCAUUUGGAGAUUCCUGGGGCACUAAGGAAGCUGAAACGACUCCAAGUUCAAGGCCUGAAAUAAGAGACCUAGGUUGAUCCCAUCAGUGCUUUCCAUGUCCUGGCUUCACUGAUUAGGUGAACUCAUGACCUAAGUAAGCUUACCCAGUCAGAAUGACUGGAUAGAUUUUAAAGGGGGAUUCUGGGACCCAAAAGUUCUGUCUUGCUCAGGAUGGCAUUAACUGCAGAUCUGAGCCUGCAAUCGCUGAAGCCAUUUUGCCAAUAUCAGAAAAGCCAAUUUGAGGGCAAAAACGAACAUAGAGAACUAAGAAAAUCACAGAGACUAGAGUCCCAACCAGACUGUACUCAAAGCCUGCAUCGCCACAGGGCUGUUUUAGUUUGUGAGCCAAGAAAUUUCCUUUAUUAAGCUUUGUGACCCCCUCAACCAAAAAUAUCCUAUAUGAUACCACUGGAUAAAUAAUAUUCUGAAGGAAGUGGGCCUUGAAGGAGAAUUUGAAAAGAGGAGCAAAGUGAUAUGGUAAGUUGGGAUCACUCCUUUCACCAAGGUUUUUAUAUUUCUAGGAUUUUUGUAUUUUAGGGAAAACAUAGAUUUAGCAUGCUUCUUAGGACAGGGCAAUGGUCACUUGUAGGAUUUUGCACUGGUUGACCUCUCAAGGAGCAUUCAAUGAGAUUCUGUUCCAUUUAGUUCCCAACCCUUGACUUUGUCGAUAAACCUCCAUGGAAACCCCAAGGAGGGCUUAUCAUGUUAGACGUGUGGUCAGGGACUGGUUCCUAACGGAUUUCCUAAGAAGCAAAAGCUACCAUCUUCCCAGUGACAUCCAAACAUAGUUAGUUACAUGAGGUCCAAGAACAUUUUCUCAGGCCACCUGACUGUUGCUUGAUCCAAAUUCACCUGCUUUCUGGGGAGCUGGUCUGGGAAUUUGCGUGGGAGAUGUGUUCUUGGAUGAAAACUACAUCUAUAUAGUCUCUAUUUUAAGCAAGAUUGGUGGGAAGCAAUUAUUAUGCAUAUUUUUGAGAUUUGUAAAAAAUUUUUUAUUUAUUUUUGACAGAGACAGAAUGCGAGCAUGAGCUGGGGAGGUGCAGAGAGAGAGAGAGUGAGACACAGAAUCCGAAGCAGGCUCCAGGCUCCGAGCUGUCAGCACAGAGCCUGAUGCGGGGCUCGAACUCACGAACCGUGAGAUCAUGACCUGGGCGGAAGUCGGACGCUUAACCGACCGAGCCACCCAGGUGCCCCAAUUAUUAUGAAUGUUUUAUGCAAAAUCCCUUAAAUCUAAAAUGCUCAGGGUCGGAGUAAUCAACCACUCUCUUGGCCAACCACACGUAGGUGGACCAGUGGGAAAGGUGCCAGCACCGCGGUGUGAGUGUUCAGUCCAGCAAGUGGGGAAGAGAUUUUGUACAUUCCACCAACUCUGGUGGAGACAGAAAUAGAACAAGCUGAUUCCCAACAUUCCAGACACUUUUUCUUUCUUUGUCCCUAUAGUGAGUUACUCCAGAUUAGGAGAUCGGGUCAGAUAAAGGCCUUCCUCUGAAAUGGAAACUACUUAAAAUCAAUGCAGAAUGUAUCUGGGUUAAUAGUUUCCAGGAAUGGCUCUUCUGGGGACUUGUGGCUGACGGUACCACGAUUUGUACGAAAUCAAAUCCAGGUAGGUUAUCAGAGCUUUCACGGGUGUUUGGAACACAUCUAUCCUAACUAAAAUUCUUAUCGGCUCAGCUUCGUUUUCAUUUGUCUG